AUGGAUCACACCACUCUAUAUCCCUUCGACACGCUGCCCCCCGCCACUCGAUCUUCCACCUCUUCUGUCGACACGCCCUCACCCACGGUCUCAAUGUUCUCCAAGGGCCAUUCUCCCCGAGGCUCUAAUUCCUCGGCUGCAUCCUCUCCUGUCCCCCGCGAGUCUCUCGACAUGUUUGGAGGGGCUAAGCGGUUGGAAGAUGUCACCGAGGAGCCUCAGGAAAGAGACGAGUUUGACGGUUACACGUUGGUCAACGACGGCACAUGUGACUGGAGUGACUACGACAAGGCUUUCUCCAGUGACUAUGGCUACUCGUCGCCUCCCACCUCCCCGGUACAGCCCGACUGGAUCCUGGCAGCACCCAAUGACUCUGCAUUCACCUCUCCACCAUAUCACACGGGGCGUCGCAGAUCGGCAGAACAGCCCUCCUCGACCCAGGGCCACCGCUUUAGCAGCAAAUUCGGGUCACUAUCGCGACGAUGGAAGAACAGAUCGGCUGCUGGGCCUCAGCUCUCAAUCGUCACGCACAUCAGCGCCUCUGCCUCUCGUUCGGGGUCUCUCAGCUCUUCGCAGAUCUGCAGCCCAGCUCUGAGUGCUGUUUCCAAGCAUGAAAGCAGUCUGUCGACGUCCUCGACCGUGCUGGCUACGAAUGAGGCUUCCAUUGACGCAGAUGUGAGACCAAUUGAUAUUGGACAGAAAGGAUCAGAACAGGACCUGGCGGAGUCGGUUCAAGCCACCACACCUCUCUUACCACCCAUGUUUUCUGAGUACUUGAAAAGAGAAGAGCCUGUCCAGUCCCCCCUUCAAUCACCGGCCAUUGCACCUUCGCACGCCGUCGUGAGCUCACGGCCAUCCUUGGAUACCCCGUUUUCGUCCCUGCCAUCCCCUCCCUUGUCGACAAAACCGUCAAUGGUUUCCAUGCACACGAGAUCCCGGACAAACACCGUGAACAAUUGCUCUUUUGGCGAUAUCCCCCCCUUGCAACUUCUCGAAGACCCUUCUGAUCCUUGGGCCGUUCGGCUGGGUCAUGCCAACUACACCAUACACCCGGAGCCAUACACACCCGAGACCCUGGAUUUGGAUUCUUAUGCCGAGUUUCGCAAGAACUGGGAUCAGGCCCGAACACACUAUGCUAAGCAUAUAACGAGGACGGCUGAGCAUUACGGAACGACGUCCAAAGUCUACAAGCUGACGGAGGAGAAGUGGGCGUCCAUCGACGACACCUGGAAGCGACAACAUAACCUUAUGAGGACCGCCCUCGCGCCGCUUCUGGCCCGUCUCAGCGGUGAUUCAGAGACGCAGGACUCAACCACGUCGAGCUCUGUGCUCGAAAAACCUCUUACCAGAGUGGCUGUGCCUGUCAUUGACGACAAGAGUGGCAAAUUUCCCAAGCUCGGGGAUGGCGAGAUCGUUGGGCCAAUGUCUGUUGCCCCCCCGCGCACUUUCGGCGACUCGAACAAGGGCGCAGAAAUCGGGAGUCCACCCAUCUCACCACACAAGCGGAAUCUCCUCAGAGUCCUAUCGGACAUCUUUCGCAACUGA